ACCUGUUUGGGGCCAGCAGCCAGUGGGGACAGGCUCGCCUCUGCUCCUCCUGCUGCCACCUCAAGUGCUGUGGGGAUUCCUGAGGGAGCCUGAGGGACUCUCUGGAGCCAUGAGAGGGCCUCACUGGAGAGUUCCCUGGCUGUGUCUGAGCUGCCUGUAUUCUUGCCUCCUCUUGCUACCUGAUGCUCUAGCAACAACAUCAACACAGACACCCAUGUCCCUUUCCAGCAGCACCAGAACAUCCCAAAUGAGCUCACAAGCAUCGACCUCAUCAACAUCUUCUGACAGAAGGACAAGUAAAACAGAACAAACAUCAACAAGGGAUACUCCAAGUUCCAUAACAACAGUUUCUCAGAGCCAUCAUACUACAAGCAUGGAGACCAGCAAACCUCAAACCACCACAACCACCGAGGUGACCACAUCAACUCCUUCAGCCUCCUCACGUGACCAAAUACAGACAGAGACAAGUUCUCAAAGAACAAUCUCUCCUGAUGGAACAACCACCUCACAUGCUCCCAGUAUCAGCAGCUCAGCUCCAAGUACAACACACAUGUUAACCACAACAUCCUCCACAGAAAGUACCUCAGUAGACUCAGGACACACAACAGCAAUAACAACUCAAGGUUUAACACCUGCCACCGCACAAGUCUCACUGACACCUUCAUCCCAGAAUAUGUCAACAGUGUCAACACCCAUCACCUCAACUCUUACUCAGAGACAACACACUGGAAGCAAGCAGACCAGCAGCAAAUCUCAAGUCAACAUAGUCACAUCAACUCUUUCAACCUCUACAAGUGACUCAACUCCUGCACAGACAAUGUCUCAAGUGACAUCAUCUUCAGAUAAAAGAACCAAGCCAUCUACUUCUGGUGUCAGCAGUACAUCACUAACUACAACAGAAGUGCUCACCCAAACAUCCUCUACAGACUCUGCUCCAGGAAACACAACUCUGAGGAUUACUCAGAACUCUACAACACAUACCACGAAAGUCUCAACAACAUCUACACCACAAAAACUGUCACCAGUGUCAACACUCAUCAAUUCAAGUCAAAAAAUGUCAACCCUUCCUCAGAACCAACACACUGAAAGCAUGGACACCAGCAGACAACCUCAAACCACCACAACCAUAGAGGUGACCACAUCAACCCCUUCAGCCUCCUCACUUCACCAAAUUCAGACAGAGACAAAUUCCCCAAAAACAAUCUCUCCUGGUGAGACAACCACCUCACAUGCUCCGAACAUGAGAAGCUCACCACCAAAGACAUCACAGAUACUAACCACAAUGCCCUCCACAAAAAGUACCUCAGUAGACACAAAACAAACAAAGGCAAUAACUACUAAAGUUUCUACACCUGACACCACACAGGUCUCGAUGACACCUUCAUCCCAGAAAUUGCCAACACACAGCACGUCUACUCAGGAAUUAACAUCUUCUUACAGCCAACAUAUUCAAAGCAAGGGGACCAGCAGCAAAUCUCAAACAACCACAAACACCAAGGUGAACACAUCAACUCCUUCAGCCUCCUCACGUGACAAAAUUCAGACAGAGACAAGUUCCCAAAGAACAAACUCUCCUGGCGAGAAAAGGACAUCACAUGCUCCCAGCAUGAGCAGCUCAGCUCCAAGUACAACACACAUGUUAUCCACAACAUCCUCCAAUCAAAGUACCUCAGUAGACACAGGACAAACAACAUCAGUAACAGCUCAAGGUUCUACACCUGCCAUCACACAGACCUCAUUGACACCUUCAUCCCAGAAUACGUCAACAGUGUCAACACCCAUCACCUCUACUCACAAAUUGUCAACCCUUUCUCAGAGCCAACACACUGGAAGCAAGGGGACCAGCAGCAAUCCUCAAACUACCACCACCACAGAGGUGACCACAUCAACUCCUUCAGCCACCACCCAUGACCAAAUUCAGACAGAGACAAGUUCCCAAAACACAAUCUCUCCUGGUGAGACAACCACCUCAUAUGCUCCCAUCAUGAGCAGCUCAGCUCCAAGUACAACACAUAUGUUAUCCACAACAUCCUCCACUCAAAGUACCUCAGUAGACACAAGACACACUACAACAUUAACGAAUCAAGGAUCUACACCUGCCACCACACAGGUCUCACCUUCAUCCCAGAACAUGUCAACAGUGUCAGCACCCAUCACCUCAACUCAAAUUUUGUCAACCUUUCCUCAGAGCCAACACACUGGAAGCAAGGGGACCAGCAGCAAUCCUCAAACUACCACCACCCCAGUGGUGACCACAUCAAAUCCUUCAGCCACCUCACGUGACCAAAUUCAGACAGAGACAAGUUCCCAAAGAACAAUCUCUCCUGGUGAGACAACCACCUCAUAUGCUUCCAUCAUGAGCAGCUCAGCUCCAAGUACAACACACAUGUUAACCACAACAUCCUCCACUCAAAGUACCUCAGUAGACACAAGACACACAAUAGCAGUAAGGACUCAAGGUUCUACACCUGCCACCACACAGGUCUCACCUUCAUCCCAGAACAUGUCAACAGUGUCAACACCCAUCACCACUACUCACAAAUUGUCAACCCUUUCUCAGAGCCAACACACUGGAAGCAAGGGGACCAGCAGCAAUCCUCAAACUACCACAACGCCAGUGAUGACCACAUCAACUCCUUCAGCCACCACCCAUGACCAAAUUCAGACAGAGACAAGUUCUCAAAGAACAAUCUCUCAUGGUGAGACAACCACCUCAUAUGCUCCCAUCAUGAGCAGCUCAGCUCCAAGUACAACACACAUGUUAUCAACAGCAUCCUCUACUCAAAUUACCUCAGUAGACACAAGACACACAACAGCAAUAACAACUCAAGGUUCUACACCUGCCACCACACAGGUCUCACCUUCAUCCCAGAACAUGUCAACAGUGUCAGCACCCAUCACCUCAAUUCAAAUUUUGUCAACCCUUCUUCAGAGCCAACACACUGGAAGCAAGGGGACCAGCACCAAGCCUCAAACUACCACCACCCCAGUGGUGACCACAUCAAAUCCUUCAGCCACCUUCCCUGACCAAUUUCAGACAGAGACAAGUUCCCAAAGAAAAAUCUCUCCUGGUGAGACAACCACCUCACAUGCUCCCAUCAUGAGCAGCUCAGCUCCAAGUACAACACACAUGUUAUCCACAACAUCUUCCACUCAAAGUACCUCAGUAGAUACAAGACACACUACAACAGUAACGACUCAAGGUUCUACACCUGCCACCACACAGGUCUUACCUUCAUCCCAGAACAUGUCAACAGUGUCAGCACCCAUCACCUCAACUCAAAUUUUGUCAACCCUUCCUCAGAGCCAACACACUGGAAGCAAGGGGACCAGCACCAAUCCUCAAACUACCACCAAUGCAGAGGUGACCACAUCAACUCCUUCAGCCACCUCACAUGACCAAAUUGAGACAGAAACAAGUUCCCAAAGAACAAUCUCUCCUGGUGAGACAACCACCUCAAAUGCUUCCAACUUGAGCAGUUCAGCUCCAAGUACAACACACAUGUUAACCACAACAUCCUCCACUCAAAGUACCUCAGUAGACACAGGAUACACAACAGCAGUAAGGACUCAAGGUUCUACACCUGCCACCACACAGGUCUCACCUUCAUCCCAGAACAUGUCAACAGUGUCAGCACCCAUCACCUCAACUCAAAUUUUGUCAACCCUUCCUCAGAGCCAACACACUGGAAGCAAGGGGACCAGCAGCAAUCCUCAAACUACCACAAGCCCAGUGGUAACCACAUCAACUCCUUCAGGCACCUCAGGUGACCAAAUUCAGACAGAGACAAGUUCCCAAAGAACAAUCUCUCCCGGCAAGACAACCACUUCACAUGCUCUCAACAUAAACAGCUCAGCUCCAAGUACAACACACAUGUUAUCCACAACAUCCUCCACUCAAAGUACCUCAGGAGACACAAGACACACAACAGCAGGAAGGACUCAAGGUUCUACACCUGCCACCACACAGACCUCAUUGACACCUUUGUCCCAGAAUAUGUCAACAGUGUCAACACCCAUCACUGCUACUCACAAAUUCUCAACCCUUCCUCAGAGCCAACACACUGGAAGCAAGGGGACCAGCAGCAAUUCUCAAACUAACACCACCCCAGAUGUGACCAUAUCAACUCCUUCAGCCACCUCACGUGACCAAAUUCAGACAGAGACAAGUUCCCAAAGAACAAUCUCUCCUGGGGAGACAACCACCUCACAUGCUUCCAGCUUGAGCAGUUCAGGACCAAGUACAACAAACAUGUUAACCACAACAUCCUACACUCAAAGUACCUCAGUAGGCACAGGACACACAACAGCAGAAAGAACUCAAGGUUCUACACCUGCCACCACACAGGUCUUACCUUCAUCCCAGAACAUGUCAACAGUGUCAACACCCAUCACAUCUACUCAAAAUUUGUCAACCCUUCUUCAGAGCCAACACACUGGAAGCAUGGGGACUAGUAGCAAUCCUCAAACUACCACCAAGCCAGUGAUGACCACAUCAACUCCUUCAGCCACCUCACGUGACCAAAUUCAGACAGAGACAAGUUUCCAAAGAACAAUCUCUUCUGGUGAGACAACCACCUCACAUGCUCCCAGCAUGAGCAGCUCAGCUCCAAGUUCAACACACAUGUUAUCAACAGCAUCCUCUACUCAAAUUACCUCAGUAGACACAAGACACACAACAGCAAUAACAACUCAAGGUUCUACACCUGCCACCACACAGGUCUCACCUUCAUCACAGAAUAUGUCAACAGUGUCAGCACCCAUCACCUCAAUUCAAAUUUUGUCAACCCUUCCUCAGAGCCAACACACUGGAAGCAAUAGGACCAGCACCAAUCCUCAAACUACCACCAUCCCAGAGGUGACCACAUCAACUCCUUCAGCCACCUCACAUGACCAAAUUGAGACAGAAACAAGUUCCCAAAGAACAAUCUCUCCUGGUGAGACAACCACCUCACAUGCUCCCAACAUGAGUAGUUCAGCUCCAAGUACAACACACAUGUUAUCCUCAACAUCCUCCACUCAAAUUACCUCAGUAGACACAGGACACACAUCAGCAGGAAGGACUCAAGGUUCUACACCUGCCACCACACAGGUCUCACCUUCAUCCCAGAACAUGUCAACAGUGUCAGCACCCAUCACCUCAACUCAUAUUUUGUCAACCCUUCCAAAGAGCCAACACACUGGAAGCAAGGGGACCAGCAGCAAUCCUCAAACUACCAUAACCCCAGUGGUAACCACAUCAACUCCUUCAGCCUCCUCCCGUGACCAAAUUCAGACAGAGACUAGUUUCCAAAGAACAAUCUCUCCUGGCGAGACAACCACCUCACAUGCUCCCAGCAUGAGCAGCUCAGCUCCAAGUUCAACACACAUGUUAUCAACAGCAUCCUCUACUCAAAUUACCUCAGUAGACACAAGACACACAACAGCAAUAACAACUCAAGGUUCUACACCUGCCACCACACAGGUCUCACCUUCAUCCCAGAACAUGUCAACAGUGUCAGCACCCAUCACCUCAAUUCAAAUGUUGUCAACCCUUCCUCAGAGCCAACACACUGAAAGCAAGAGUACCAGCACCAAUCCUCAAACUACCACCACCCCAGAGGUGACCACAUCAAAUCCUUCAGCCACCUCACAUGACCAAAUUGAGACAGAAACAAGUUCCCAAAGAACAAUCUCUCCUGGUGAGACAACCACCUCAUAUGCUCCCAUCAUGAGCAGCUCAGCUCCAAGUACAACACACAUGUUAUCCACAACAUCCUCCACUCAAAGUACCUCAGUAGACACAAGAAACACUACAACAUUAACGACUCAAGGAUCUACACCUGCCACCACACAGGUCUCACCUUCAUCCAAGAACAUGUCAACAGUGUCAACACCAAUCACCUCUACUCACAAAUUGUCAACCCUUCCUCAGAGCCAACACACUGGAAGCAAUGGGACCAGCAGCAAUCCUCAAACUACCACCACCCCAGAGGUGACCACAUCAACUCCUUCGGCCACCACCCGUGACCAAAUUCAGACAGAGUCAAGUUCCCAAAGAACAAUCUAUCCUGGUGAGACAACCACCUCACAUGCUUCCAUCAUGAGCAGCUCAGCUCAAAGUUCAACACACAUGUUAUCAACAGCAUACUCCACUCAAAUUACCUCAGUAGACACAAGACACACAACAGCAAUAACAACUCAAGGUUCUACACCUGCCACCACACAGGUCUCACCUUCAUCCCAGAACAUGUCAACAGUGUCAGCACCCAUCACCUCAACUCAAAUUUUGUCAACCUUUCCUCAGAGCCAACACACUGGAAGGAAGGGGACCAGCACCAAGCCUCAAACUACCACAACCCCAGUGGUGACCACAUCAAAUCCUUCAGCCACCUCCCCUGACCAAUUUCAGACAGAGACAAGUUCCCAAAGAACAAUCUCUCCUGGUGAGACAACCACCUCACAUGCUCCCAUCAUGAGCAGCUCACCUCCAAGUUCAACACACAUGUUAUCAACAGCAUCCUCCACUGAAAUUACCUCAGUAGACACAAGACACACAACAGCAAUAAUGACUCAAGGUUCUACACCUGCCACCACACAGGUCUCACCUUCAUCCCAGAACAUGUCAACAGUGUCAGCACCCAUCACCUCAACUCAUAUUUUGUCAACCCUUUCUCAGAGCCAACACACUGGAAGCAAGGGGACCAGCAGCAAUCCUCAAACUACCACAACCCCAGUGGUAACCACAUCAACUCCUUCAGCCUCCUCACGUGACCAAAUUCAGACAGAGACAAGUUCCCAAAGAACAAUCUCUCCCGGCAAGACAACCACCUCACAUGUUCCCAACAUGAACAGCUCAGCUCCAAGUACAACACACAUCUUAUCCACAACAUCCUCCAUUCAAAGUACCUCAGGAGAUACAAGACACACAACAGCAGUAAGGACUCAAGGUUCUACACCUGCCACCACACAGGUCUCACUGGCACCUUCAUCCCAGAACAUGUCAACACUGUCAGCACCCAUCACAUCACCUCAACAUUUUUCAACCCUUCCUCAGAACCAACACACUGGAAGCAUGGGGACCAGCAGCAAUCCUCAAAGUACCACCAUCCCAGAGGUGACCACAUCAACUCUUUCAGCUUCCUCACGUGACCAAGUUCAGACAGAGACAAGUUCCCAAAGAACAAUCUCUCCUGGUGAGACAACCACCUCACAUGCUUCCAGCUUGAGCAGUUCAGGACCAAGUACAACAAACAUGUUAACCAGAACAUCCUCCACUCAAAUUACCUCAGGAGACACAAGACACACAACAGCAAUAGUGACUCAAGGUUCUACACCUGCCACCACACAGACCACAUUGACACCUUCGUCCCAGAAUAUGUCAACAGUGUCAACACCCAUCACUUCUACUCACAAAUUGUCACCCCUUCCUCAGAGCCAACACACUGAAAACAUGGGGACCAGCAGCAAUCCUCAAACUACCACCACCCCAGAAGUGACCACAUCAACUCCUUCAGCCACCUCCUAUGACCAAAUUCAGACAGAGACAAGUUUCCAAAGAACAAUCUCUCCUGGUGAGACAACCACUUCACAUGCUCCCAGCAUGAGCAACUCAGCUCCAAGUUCAACACACAAGUUAUCAACAGCAUCCUCCACUGAAAUUACCUCAGUAGACACAAGACACACAAUAGCAAUAACGACUCAAGGUUCUACACUUGCCACCACACAGACCUCACUGACACCUUCAUCCCAGAACAUGUCAACAGUGUCAGCACCCAUCACCUCAUCUCAAAUUUUGUCAACUCUUCGUCAGAGCCAACACACUGGAAGCAAGGGGACCAGCAGCAAUCAUCAGACUACCACUACCCCUGUGGUGACCACAUCAACUUCUUCAGCCACCUCACGUGACCAAAUUCAGACAGAGACAAGUUCCCUAAGAACAAUCUCUCCUGAUGGAACGACCACCUCACAUGCUUCCAGCAUGAGCAGUUCAUCUCCAAAUACAACACACUUGUUAAUCACUACAUCCUCCACAGAAAGUACCUCAGUAGACACAGGAUACUCAACAGUAAUAACGACUCAUGGUUCUACACUUGCCACCACCCAGGUCUCAUUGACACCUUCAUCCCAGAAUAUGUCAACAGUGUCAAUGCCCAGCACUUCUUCACAGGAAUUAACAUCACUUCCUCAGAGACAACACACUGGAAACAUGGAGACCAGCAGCCAACCUCAGAAUAUCACCCCUACUGUGGUGACCACAUCAACUCUUUUAUCAUUCUCAAGGGGAUCCACUGAAUUGCAAACCAUGUCUUGGGGAACGUCCUCCUCAGGGACAAUAAAUACCCUAUCUACUCCCGUCAGGAAUACCUCACCUGCAUCCACAUCAGGCAUCCUCACCAGCACAUUGACCACCUCAGGAAACACAGGGUACACAGGUGUAACUAGAAGCCUCGGUGUGAUCACAUCAAGAGUCACAAGCACAAGUCUACCUGGAAAGUCCACAGUAGUGCAUAGCACCCCUGCUCAGCCAUUGUCUGCACAUUCUCAGAGUCACCAGACGUAUGGCACGGGGACACCCAGCAUGUCUCAAACCAGCAUCCUCCCAGACAUGACCUCAGAAAAGCGUGUUGCCUCUUCACCUGGACCCACUGUGACAGAGUCCUUUUCUCAUGUGUCAUCCUCCUCAGGAUUGACUACGAAGACAGACAAUGACAGAAACACAGCAGUCUCAGCCACCUCCUCGACCCUUACUAGCCCCAGCCCAACCACAGCCUCCAGGUCAACAGUGCCCCUGCCUUCUCUUUUACCAGAUCAGGGCAUUUCCCUCUUCCCCUACGGGUCUGAAGUCGGAGACCAGAAUUUGUUUGCCAGGACUGUGGAUUUUAACUCACCAAUCUUCAAGAUCCUGAUUGGCUUUCCCCUCGGUUCCUCCCUGCGGGAUUCCUUCUACGUUACAGAUAAUGGUCAGAUCAUUUUCCCAGAGUCAGACUAUGACGUCUUCUCCUACCCCAACCCACCUCAAAGAGGCUUCACCGGAAGGGAGCGCGUGGCCAUGGUGGCCCCGUUCUGGGCUGAUGCUGAUUUCUCUAGCUCCAGGGGAGCCAUAUUUUACCAGGAAUAUGUCACAUUUUACAAUGAACACCAUCAGCUAAUCCGGGAAGUGGAGACUUUGAUUAAUGAUUUCACAAGUAGCUGGGGCUACAGAGCCAAGUGGACACUGAAGGUCACCUGGGUCAAUGUUCCUGCCUAUACUGCCCAAGAGAGCUUUGGGACCAAUACCUACCAAGCCAUCCUCUCCACAGAUGGGAGCAGGUCCUAUGCCCUGUUUCUCUACCAGAACAGUGGCAUGAGGUGGGAUGUGACCCAGGAACCAUACAACCGGGUGCUCAUGGGCUUCUCCAGUGGAGAUGGGUAUUUUGAAAACAGCCCGCUGACAUUCCGGCCAGCAAUGGAGAAGUACCGUCCAGAUCGAUUCCUGAAUUCCAAAUUAGGCAUCCGGGGACUGCAGGUCUACAGGCUGCACAGGGAGGAGCGGCCCAACUACCGGCUCAAAUGUCUGCAGUGGCUGGAGAGUCAGCCUCAGCAGCCCAGCUGGGGCUGGAGCUCAGUUUCCUGCCCUUGCUCCUGGCAGCAGGGACAACGGGACUUUCGGUUCAGGCCCAUCAACCCAGGUUGGUGGGACAGGCAGCUGUGCAGCUUCUCCUCCGGGCGAGGGGGUGUGUGCUGCAGCUAUGGUGCCUGGGGAGAGUUUCGAGAAGGCUGGAGAAUGCACAGUCCUUGGCAGUUUGAUGAGGAGCAGGAGGCACAGAACUGGUGCUGCCAAUGGAACGACAAGCCCUCGUUCUGUGUCUGGUACCAGCUUAGGCGGCCCCGUGUCAGCUGUGCUGGGUACAGGCCCCCACGGCCCGCUUGGACAUUUGGUGAUCCCCACAUCACCACUUUGGAUAAUGCCAACUUCACCUUCAACGGGCUGGGAGACUUUCUGCUGGUCCAGGCCCAGGACAGAAAUUCUUCCUUCCUGCUGGAAGGCCGCACUGCCCAGACUGGCACUGCCAAGGCCACUAACUUCAUUGCCUUUGCGGCUCAAUACAACACCAGCAGCCUGAAGUCUCCCAUCACGGUUCAGUGGUUUCUUGAGCCCAGUGACAAAAUCCGAGUCGUAUACAAUAACCAGACUGUGGCCUUUAACACCAGAGACACUGAAGUCUUACCCAUAUUCAAUACCACCGGUGUUCUGCUGACCCAAAAUGGCUCCCAAGUCUCAGCCAACUUUGAUGGGACAGUGACUAUCUCUGUGAUUGCUCGCUCCAACAUCCUUCAUGCCUCCUCCAGCCUAUCAGAGGAAUAUCGAAACCACACAGAGGGCCUUCUGGGAGUGUGGAAUGACAAUCCAGAAGAUGACUUCAGGAUGCCCAAUGGCUCCACCAUUCCCUCAAACAGCUCUGAGGAGACCCUUUUCUACUAUGGAAUGACAUGGCACGUCAACGGAACAGGCCUCCUUGGGAUAAGGGCAGACCCGCUGCCUACCAAGUUCACCCCCAUCUUUCUGUCUCAACUGUUGAAUCAGAGUGCCUCAGGUGAAGACUUGGCCUCUGGGUGCAAAGGCGACAGAAAGUGCAUGUUUGACAUCCUGGCCACGGGAAACAGAACUAUUGGACAAAGCACCAAUUCCAUCCUUAAUGAGUUCCAACAUAUGAAUGACACCCUCAAUCAGUACCCACCCUCUAUCAACUGCAGCAGCAAGAUUCAAGCCUACAAGGGGCAGACAGUGACCACUGAGAUCACCAGCAACUCUAAGGAUGCCACACUCAGCCUCUCCAAGAAAUGUAGUGGCUUUAAGCUCUUUGAAAACGGGAGUUUGCAGUGGACACCAACAUCCCCAGAAGCGUGUACCCUGGAGAUUCUAGCGAGGGAUGUCAGGACUAACUUGUCAUGGGUACUCCAGCCCAAGACCGUGGCUUGCUUCUGCAGUAAGGAGGAGCAGUGUUUGUACAAUGAAACCAGCAAAGAGGGCAAUUCUUCCCUUGAGGUGACCAGCUGCAAGUGUGAUGGGGACACCUUUGGCCGCUUGUGUGAACGCUCCAAGGACCCGUGUGAUGAGCCAUGCUUCCCUAACGUGAACUGCAUUCCUGGGAAGGGCUGUGAGGCCUGCCCUCCAAACACAACUGGAGAUGGACGUCAUUGUGCAGCUCUGGAGGACUCCUGCCCAAACCGUUCCUGUCCCAUGAAUUACUGCUAUAACAAUGGCCAUUGCGACAUCUCUGAGGCUCCAGGCUGCCAGCCCACUUGCACCUGUCCCCCUGCCUUCACUGAUAACCGCUGCUUCCUGGCUGGGAACAGUUUCACUCCCACCAUCUCUAUGGAGCUUCCCUUAAGGACCAUCGUGCUCUCUCUCAGGGAGGAUGAAAAUGCCUCCGCCGCUGACGUCAACGCCUCGGUGGCGAACAUACUAGAGAACCUGGACAUGCGGGCUUUUUUCUCCAACAGCUUAGUGGAACUGAUACGAACCUCUCCCGGAGCACAGCCCUCGAGCAAGUCCAUUCAUCACUGGAAGGUCACCUCCCACUUCAAGUACCGUCCCAGGGGCCCGCUCAUCCACUAUCUGAACAACCAGCUGAUAGGCGCCGUGAUGGAGGCCUUCCUCCUGCAGGCUCGGCAGGAGAGGCAGAAGAGGAGUGGAGAAGCCAGGAAGGACGUCCACUUCUUCCCCAUCUCGAGGGCAGAUGUCCAGGACCAGAUGGCUCUGAACCUAAGUAUGCUGGAGGAGUACUUCACAUGUGAUGGCUACAAAGGCUACCACCUGGUCUACAGCCCACAGGAUGGUGUCACCUGUGUGUCCCCAUGUAGUGAGGGCUACUGUCACAAUGGAGGCCAAUGCAAGCACCUGCCAGAUGGGCCCCAAUGCAGCUGCGCAUCCUUCACCAUCUACUCAUCCUCGGGCGAACACUGUGAGCACCUAAGUGUGAAACUUGGGGCAUUCUACGGGAUCCUCUUCGGAACCCUGGGCGCCCUCUUGCUACUGGGGAUCUUAGCAUUUAUGAUCUUUCACUUCUGCGGCUGCUCCAAGAACAAGUUCUCCUACCCUUUGGACUCAGAAUUGUAAGGCCCUGUCCCAGAUGGGCAGCUGCACCUAGGACCUCGGGACCCAUCCCUCAGUCUGCCCCUGCUCUGUGGGACUGGAAAGGGCCUGCGGCAUGAAGAUGAUUUGAGACUCUUCAAGAGUGAAUAAACCAGACUCUACCUGUUUAGUAGACUGGGGGUACAGGAAAAGGCCAUGGUGGCCAAAUAUACAGAUGGAUGGGUUCCUACACAGAUAUAUCAGGAAGGAGGAUAUUGCUUAUAUAUGAAUGCAGACUGUGUGUGCAUACACACACACACACACCAGAGUUAAUGGAUGUGACUGGCUUUACAUUUACCAAGAUGUUUUUACAUAUAACACAGGCUUACUUCUCAUUAAAAUCUAUUUAAAUAAAGUCUCUAUCUUUUUAUGUCUUCAAA